CAUGUACAAAAAUCACAUUUUUCUUGCAGUUACAAAAUGAUAAAAAAAAUUAACUCCUUUGAAGGUACUUAGAUUUCCUUAAGGCUUCCCUAUCCUGUCAAGUCCCAGGAAGCCAUACACAUGCAUCUACCACCAUCUCUGCUAGCAGAUCUUACCAAAGUAAUUCAGCUUCCUUCCAAGCCAGUUGGGAGAAGAGUCUUUGAUGUAGAGCUAGGCAAAUCCAUCUUGCAAGCAUCAAUUUGGCAGCCAUUUCCAUUUCAUCAGUUUUUCCUAGUCCUUCAGGAUGGGGGAGGUAACACUGACUGACAAGCUUUGACAAACAUCUUGAGGGAUCCACAUGAGGCUUUGAAAACCCUAAGCAGAGAGAAGCAUUCUUCCAACUGAUCAAGACAAGGCCUGAAAGGGAAUCUUUGAAGAACCCAAGGAAUACCAAGCAGGAAUUGUUAUUCAUUAGAAAGGGAAUACAAUAGCUUAGAAACCUAAGGCGGUUGCUUGCAUGAUGUUUAUAAACAGCAGGUUUGUGUCACUGGCAGAACAUAGUAUAGUCAUGAGGGGGCAGAGCUGAAAGACAUUGAUUUCCAGUACAUUCUCAACUUGCUAGCAAAUCCCUUGAGCAUUGGUUCUCAAAGUGUGCUCUACAGAGCAUUGGUUCUCAAAGUGUGCUCUACAGAGCUCAACAAAGCAUACUGAAGUGCUCCACAGCUUCCUCCCCCUCCAAGCUUUCCUGCUCUUUCCCCUCUCCCCUUACCAUCAAAUACCUUUUUUUCUCACUUCCUUGACACCCAGAUCCUUUCCGCCUCAACUUCCUUGCUUUCAAAACCCUAUUUCCCUUCCACCACUCAGGGGGUGCUUUGAUUGUGCUUUUCCUGCAUGGCAGAAGGGGGUUGAACUGAAUGGUACCUGGGCUUUCUUCUAUUAUUAUUGUUAUUGUUGUUAUUAUUAUUAUUACAAAGACAGAGUGGCCAUCUAUUAAAGGUGCUUUGUGCUUUUCCUGCAUGGCAGGAGGUGGUUGGACUGGAUGGUUCCUGAGGUUAUUAUUAUUAUUAUUAUUAUUACUAUUAUUAUUACUACAAAGACAGCAUGGCCAUCUGUUGGGGGUGCUUUGCUUGUGCUUUUCCUGCAUGGCAGAAGGGGGUUGAACUGAAUGGUACCAUGGCUUUCUUCUAUUAUUAUUAUUAAUGUUAUUGUUGUUAUUAUUACAAAGACAGCGUGGCCAUCUGUUGGGGGUGCUUUGAUUAUGCUUUCCUGCAUGGCAGGAGGUGGUUGGACUGGAUAGUUGUUGGGUUAUCUAGCAAUCAUGCAUGCAUUUUCAAUGUGGGAUAGUUUAUGUAGUUAGUUUUGCUUGUUGCUUAGUAACCUGAAGCCAAAGCUGCAUUCCAGAGUUGAUGGCACCAUUUUAGGGAAAUGGGAGUAUACUUCCUGGAUACAUAUGCCUUUAGAAUUUGGGGCAUAAAAGGAGAGACUUUCUUUUGUUCUAUCUCUUUGGCUCUUUUUGGCUCUCUUUGGCUCUUCAUGCUUCUUCCUGUUUCUUGAUCCUGCCAUGCCAUGCUGAUGUUACUUCUUGUUAAGAGCCUGGAUCUGGUGACCAUAAUGAUGCAGCUGCAAAUCUCCACAUUGAGAUCUUGAUGCCUUGCUCUACUGCUAAUUUUAAGAAAAACCGGAAGACUUGAGGAGCAUGUGGGAAAUCAUGUGCCACCUUGACUGGACAAUUUGCAACUGGACAAUUUGGACAGAAAAACAAGAAAACUCAUGACCAUUCAUCAUUCACUGCACCCUCGCAGUGAUGUUGACCGGCUCUAUCUGCCUAGAAGAUCAGGGGGCAGAGGACUCUUACAAGUCAAACAAGCAGUCAAAAAAGAAGAACAUGCCCUGGCAGAAUAUAUAAAGCAAAGUGAAGAACCUGCUUUGAUUGAAGUCAAAAAUCAGAAACUCCUCAAAACACAACAGACAAAAAACCAGUACAAGAAAACUGCACUACAAACUAGAGCUGACAGCUGGCACAACAAAACACUGCAUGGAAAGUUCCUUGACAAAAUUGAAGGAAAAGCUGAUAAGGAGAAGACCUGGCUCUGGCUCACGAAUGGGACCCUGAAGAAGGAGACAGAAGGCCUGAUCCUUGCAGCCCAGGAGCAAGCCAUCAGAACAAAUGCAAAUUUGAUCAAAAAAUCAGCUGAUGACCCAAAAUGCAGACUGUGCAAGGAAGCUGACGAAACCAUUGAUCAUAUCCUCAGCUGCUGUAAGAAAAUUGCACAGACAGACUACAAACAGAGGCACAACUGUGUAGCCCAAAUGAUCCAUUGGAACUUAUGCCUCAAGUACCACCUGCCAGCAGCAAAGAACUGGUGGGAUCACAAACCAGCAAAGGUCGUGGAAAAUGAACACGCAAAGAUACUGUGGGACUUCCGAAUCCAGACUGACAAAGUUCUGGAACACAACACACCAGACAUCACACUUGUGGAAAAGAACAAGGUUUGGAUCAUUGAUGUUGCCAUCCCAGGUGACAGUCGCAUUGAUGAAAAACAACAGGAAAAACUCAGCCGCUAUCAGGACCUCAAGAUGGAACUUGUACAGGUGGUCCCAGUAGUGAUGGGCACACUGGGUGCUGUGCCAAAAGAUCUCAGCCGGUAUUUGGAAACAAUAGACAUUGACAAAAUUACGAUCUGCCAACUGCAAAAGGCCACCCUGCUGGGAUCUGCACGCAUCAUCCGAAAAUACAUCACACAGUCCUAGACACUUGGGAAGUGUUCGACUUGUGGUUUUGUCAAAAAAAAUCCAGCAUAUCUAUCUUGUUUGCUGUGUCAUACAACGUCAUUGUGUCAAUAAUAAUAAUAAUAAUAAUAAUAAUAAUAAUAAUAAUAAUUGGCUUUCUAGGAAUCACUAGGUCUUCCAGAGUGCCUCUAUAAUCAACUUCCGCCAGAGCUUCCUGCAUUACAAAUCUUUCCACAAUACCACCUUAUUGGCCCAAAGCCUCUCUAAAGAAAAACAGACAUAUCUUUGCUCUAGACCAGUGGUUCCCAACCUGUGGUCUGUGGACCACCAAUGGUCUCCAAGAACUAAAUAUGGUUCGCGGCCUCACUGUUAGUACACCAUUGCAACAAGAGCGACUGGUCUUACAAUACUCUCUUAUAGUGCCAAGGCAAUGGGGAUGUUGGGAGGAGAGAGGCUGACUACCCUCGAAAGGCGCUUUUUAGGUUCCUGGGGUUAUUUGGGAUGCCAAUUCAGAAAAAUGCAUUGGAUUGGAUUUAAUAAUCUAGACCACAUUAGCUCUAGAUUAUUAAAUAUGGUUUUCUGUGGGCAAGCAGACGGUGACUACUGGGUGGCAUAUGUCCUGUAUCAGAAACUAGAGCUGAUGUGGUCUAUCCAAUGCAAUUUUCUGAAUCAGCACCCCCAUAUAAUCAAACCGAGUCUAAAGUUGACGAAAAACUGAUUUGUAACCUUUUUGGUACUAAUGUUGGAGAGUGGUCAAAUUGGUCCCUGGUCAAGUAGUCCCUGGUUAAAAAGAGGUUGGGAACCACUGCUCUAGACACUGAUGAAUGGGAAUUUUAGACAUUAUGUGAUAAAAGGAAAUAGUCUUUUACCCACUUUGCUCCUCUAGCUUUCAAGCAUAACCUUUAAGAUGACUUCAGAACUUGAGAAUCAUGUCUGGGUCUGAACUGGUUAAUUAGAGCCCUCGGUGGCGUAGUGGAUUAAAGCCUAGUGACUUGAAGGUUGGGUUGCUGACCUGAAGGCUGCCAGGUUCGAAUCCCACCCGGGGAGAGUGCGGAUGAGCUCCCUCUAUCACCUCCAGCUCCAUGCGGGGACAUGAGAGAAGCCUCCCACAAGGAUGGUAAAAACAUCAAAAAACAUCCGGGCAUCCCCUGGGCAACGUCCUUGCAGACGGCCAAUUCUCUCACUCCUGAGGCAACUCAAGUUGCUCCUGACACGGAAAAAAAAACUGGUUAAUUGUGGAAUUCAUUAGCAUCACAGUUCCUAUACUGCCCCAUAGUGGUAUAGGCUUCACUGGAAUUCAUGUCACAAUAUCCUUCAUGGUGACAUUAAUCUAUAUGUAAAACUGCAUGCUAAUGGACACUUCUUUCACUACUGCCUCUUUCUGUUCAGUGCUAUCACUGCUACAAAACGGAAACACCUGACAUAUCCUUAGGAUGGAAAUUUUAAUAAACCAGACCUUCCAUUAAGACAACCUAUACUCAAUGAAAUAGGUUCCAAGGAAAAUGAUCCAUCUUACUAAACAUUGUGCCUACCCUUGAUUAAAAUUGGUUACAAAGUGCCAAAGGGAUUCUAUUAACUGAAAACUCAGUUAGUAUUCAGGAACCUGAGUUCUUACGAGUGGUACUUGUUAAGAAAUGUCACAGGGAAUGAAGAAUGCUCAAUGAAGCUCAAACACUCCAGUAAUGGCUGCAGUUCCAGGAAAAAAAAAUCAGGUGGAUUAACCUGAUUUAUAUUCUCUAAUGUGCUCAUAUAGUCAUGUUUUAGAGACUUUUUUAUGUUCUGUCCUCUCUUUUUUUGUUCUCACUGUGCUCUUUUAGCAUUGAAGAUGGAAGCCCACAAAAUUCCUUGAUUGCAGUAAACUCAGUGAGAACUGUCUGCAUUGACAUGAAUAGGCACAUUUACUCAGGAGUAAUUCAGAUUAUUCAGUGACAUUAUUUCAAGGUUAACAUACAUCAGAUUUUAUUCUAAUAUCUCUAAUCUCUUCCAAUGCCUCAUGAACUGAGGAUAUCAGCUUCCCCCUGUAAGGCUGUGUCCCUAGACUUUGAGAUUUUCAAAAUGAAUGUUGAUAAUGUUCUUGCUUGAUUGAUAUUCAUCUCAUUUGUAAAAGCCACCUUCCAUUUUGAAAAAGCAAGUUCUCUGUUACUCAGGAAGUGGCUGAAAACCAUAGCCUACAUUAGUGAAAGAUUUUUAAAAUGACACUUGAAAAGCUGCAAUAAUUAGAAUACAAAAGCUUUACUCAAAAGAUAAACCAAGCAACAUGGCACCAUCGGUUUUACAAGAACACAGAGAGCUGCUGAUAAUAUUUAUCACAACUAUCUCAGGGACAUGAAGCAGGCGUUUCGACUCUGACAAAAUGUCAUGCCUUCCAAAUGAGUUAAUGUCACUAAGCUCUGUGCCUAGCCUGAAGGUUUGUGAUCUGGAUGAUCCAGAAAUAAAAGAAAGCACCAAGUAGUCUUCACAAAGUUUGUUGCCAUAGCAAGGGGAAACUUACCACUAUUGGGUAAUCAGUCUUGUUUAUGCCAGAAGCCUAAAGACUGGUAUUGUUAAUUCCCUGAAAUAGGUGAUAAGGUAUUUCUUCUAGUGAGUAUAGGGGUUUGCAUGUUUUUAAAUAUGUUGUAUUUUAUAUUAAAGCAUUCUUUCAGCACAUCAACUUUAGUUAUCACACAAAAGCUGACUGGCACAACCUGGGGCUCACAACCAGAUACAGUAAAGACAUCUGCCCUUGCACUUUGCUACUCUGCUACUACAUACGCAUGCCCACGUAGUGAGAAUACAUCUCACCAUGUCAAAACAGUGAAUGUGGCUCUUAAGAAGACAUGCCUCAUUAUCACAGGAUGUCUAUGCCCUACACCACUGGAUAAAUGAUACUGUUUAGCCGGUAUUGUACUACUUGAUAUCCAUCUGGAAGCAGCAGCCAGUAGUGAAAGGACCAAGGCAGUGACAUCUCUGGCCCAUCCUCUAUUGAGAUAUCAGCCAGUGUGCCAAUGUCUUAAAUCAAGAAAUAGCUUUCUAAGAUCUGCAGAGAUACUUGCAAGAACACCCUCAGAAAGUGAGCGUCUAAAAGUGGCAGGCUAAAAACCAGAUUCCUUCCUGGGCACACAGAAGACUGGGCGACUUGGAAAGUGCUGAACAAACUGCACUGUGGGACCAUGAGAUGCAGAGCCAACCUUAAGAAAUGGGGCUACAAAGUGGAGUCCAUGACAUAUGAGUGUGGAGAAAAGCAAACACAGACCACUUACUACAAUGCAGUCUGAGUCCUGCUACAUGCACAAUGGAGGACUUUCUCGCAGUGAUACUAGAGGCACUCGAAGUGGCCAGCUUCUGGUCAAUGGAAAUUUAGUAUAAUGCCAAGUUUUUAACUUUGUGGUUUUUUUUAUAUAACUUUAUUCUCAAUUUGCUUCUGGCAUAAUAAAUAAAUCAACUUUAGCUACCAUAAAACUGGAUCUCUCUGCAUAAUUCUUAAGAGGAAAGAUAAACAAAUCAACUUAUAUGAUGUACAAGCUACAAGAAGGUGCAGGUCUCCACUAAACUUGGAAUUUAACUCUUUCCUGAAAUAUAAAGCUUUGAAAGACUGCUGUUUGAAACCGUGGAGAUUAGCUGCCACUCAGAGCCAAAAACAUUGGUCUUGAUAGACUGAUAUGUGGUGGUGCUUCAAGCUUGUGAUGACAAUAUUAUUGUCUCAGGGUGAGCAAACCAGAACCCACAAGCCAGAGGGAGACUCCACUGCACCUCCUCAACCCCAUAUCUCCUCUCACUGACCUGACACAACCUAUACACAUUUUUCCCAAAUGCAAUUUGCCACAUCCUUGCUUUGCUUAGUCCAUUUUGUGCCCACGGGACCUUUACCAAAACCAGAAGUAACCACAAAACUCUGGAAGAUUCUCAAAUGUUGUGUCUCACUGCUUCCCUUAAAGAAGAGCUUCAAUACACAGUGCAGUGUUAUUGUACCUGUUUUGAAGUAAGUCUCAAUAUAGGGUUAGAAACUAAACCCAUUUAGAGUUGUCAGAUAUUUCAUAUGUGGCAAAUGAUUAGCAGCCAUUAUAAUUUACAGAGGCAUUUAUGUUUCAAAGCAAUUAUGCCAUCACCAUCUUCCCAUGAAUAAACAGCAAUUACAGAGACAUAAACUCUUAUUUACAAGCUCUGUAAUAGCCCGCAGACUCUUGUAUUGCUAACAGAUGGCAGAUCAGCCACCCUCUGCUUUCCCUCCCACAUAUCUGUGCUUAAUAAACACACCAUUUAAAGGGCUAUUUUCCCUGGUCAAUUUCACAUUAGUGACCAAGCUCUUCCUCAUGAGAAGUGACAGUCUGAUCAUGACAUUAAUUCUUGCUACACUCAGACAUAUGACUGCUGGGAAGGAUUAAGGAAUUAGAAGGGCCAGAACAGCUGCCACCUGAGCUCCAUUCUUCACCUAGAAUUGCUCUUUCUCUUUCUUUCCCCUCCCAUUUAUUUUGCUCUCUCUAGAAGGUUUCUUUCCUGAACCUUUUACAGCAGCGUGACAAACACGGGAUAGGGCAGUGGUUCUCAACCUGUGGGCCGCAGCCCAACAGUGGGCCACGAGAAUGAAAAUCCGGUCCACAAACCUUCCUCUUUAUUAUUUUAUUUUAUUUAUUUCUGCUCCUUUCCACAGAGCUGACCAUUCCAUUGGCUAAACCACAUCACCUCUGGAUUAUUUAUUAUGGUUGUCUGUGGGUGAGCAGAUGGCGACUAUUAGAUGGCAUAUGUUCUGUAUCAGAAACUAGAGCUGGUGUGGUCUAUUCAAUGCAAUUUUCUGAAUCAGCAGCCCAAAUAACCAAACCGAAUCUAAAGUUGACCAAAAAUGAAAUGGUGGCAAGGGGUUUAUAUAUUGAAUUUUUCCCUUUUUUUAAAUUAUCAUGUGCCAGGGCCUCCUGUUUUGUUUCAGAAUCCAUACCAAAAAAUCUUAUAUUGGAAUCACCUAGACUUGCCAAAAGGCAUGAGUAUUAUACCUGUACUUAUUGGGAAAUAUUAUCUUCUAUCCUGGCCUAUAUUUCAUGGCUAGGCAGAAGCGGCAGGUACCGACCACAUGAGCCUCGCCAAGACAGAAGAGACACUUGGCGUGGCCGUCGGAAUCAGGAAUUUUAGCAGCGCACUGCGUGCAGCGUUUGAAACGAGUAGUAGACAUGCGAAGAGUCCGAAGUGAACCUUGCGGCGGAAAAAAAGGAACUGGAGAGCGGACGCCCGGGGCUGCCUUAUAUGCCCCUUGGGAAGGGGGGCGUGGUUACCGCCAAAAUUUGAACUUCAGCUUGGAAGAGUUUCCGUCGGAACCUGCGCAGGCGCAGUUUCUCCAUUAGUGUGCAUUCACAGAGUACACGAAGAAAAAUAGGGUAGAAUAUAAAGUGUUAUUAUUAUUAUCAGUCCUAGCUAGCAUAUCCAAUGUUGAGAAAUGAUGGAUGAUGCAGUCCAGCAUCUGGAGGAGCCUUUAGUCCCCAUCCCUGCAUCAGAAAGUUCUUCUAGAAGGACCUCUAAUCUUCCAUAUCUAGUUGGAUUUUCAUCUAUUGGAUGUUGCAUGACAGUAGAACCAUCGUGCUAUAAUUGUGUAAUGUUGGAGUUCCUGGCUUAUAACAGGAGUGAGGAACAUGUGGCCAUCUAAAUGUUAUUUCAUCAUCAACAUUUAACAAUUUAGCCAAAGGCAAUAAGAACUUAGGAAACUUGUAGUUCAGUAAUAUCUAGAACAUUAUGUUCCCCAUUCCUGGUCACUUUCAAAUUUAUUAUAAUAGAAAAAAGACUAUUCUCAAUCACAUUGAUUCUAUCUCCUGAUAAUGACUAAAUGCUUCCGAGAAUCAAAGAUAUAUUGUCUCUGGUUAUGAAAGCAUAUUCAGCUGUGACUCUGAUGAUUCUAUCCAUACAUUAAUAUAUUUGGAUGACAUAUUGCCCUCAACCAGAACAGAUUGCUGAGAAUGACAGAAAAAAAACUUUUUCAGGAAUGGCCCAAUUUUUGCAUCUUAUUCCAAGCUGAUCUAUGGGAUAGCAAUGCUGCAUGUUUUUGGUAAAAUGUUUAAAGUAAAUUAUUUGAAUAUCUUUCAUAAACUGUCCUCAAAAUAAUAAGUGGAUGUUCUUAAGAUACUUUAGAAAGAAAAAAAAUUCCUUAUGAAUACAGACUAUGUGAAUAGAAAGCUGUAACAUGUUCUCACUUCUCAUUGAACCAUUUUACCCUUAUUCCAGAUAUAUGGGAUUAUUUCCAUGAGUGGAAAAAAGCACAACGGAGACAGAUAUAACAGGAAACAACUGUAGAGAUUAUAAGGAAAUGCGACAAAAAAUGAUAAACACUGGUCAUGUGAAAAACUGUCUCACUUCAAGGUAAAUGGAUAAUGUGCAAUGUUGUGGAAGCAGACUGAAUUUUUUCUUUUCCUCUUCUUCCCUGUAGUUUUCCAUCUCUCAGCAGAAUCUACCAAGAAAAAAUGCCGACUGCAAUCCAACCAAUACGCACAUGAAAUAUAAAAAUGUAUUCCAAAUUAUUCCACCUGGAUAUAUUCACCACACAGCUCCUCAGUGCAAUAAUGAAAAAUUACAGAUGACAAUUGGAAUGGCUCCAGACAUGUUUUCGGAUUGUGUGAUUUUAAGCAAUUUUUUUAAUUGACAUGUUUUAAUGAUGUGAUUUUAGAGUAUAUUUUGAUAUGUGUUCAAGGCAUCGAACUGUGCCUUUAUUGUAAGCUGUCCUGAGUCCUUCGGGGUGAGAAGGGCGGGAUAUAAAUAAAAUAAAUACAGUACAUACCACAAGAUCCUUAGUUAUGUAAUAAUUGUGAGGUUUAUAAUUGUCAUACUACUCACGUGCUCAUCUGCCUACCAAUAGCAAACUUUCAUUUUAAUAUCAUCCCUGAAGCAUGAUGAAAUAGAUGUAAAGGCAUUAAAAUAUUCAAUUUGCAUAGCCUGACAAGGCUAUAAAAUGAACCAUUGUAAUUUCUAUUGCUCACAUGCAGGAAACAGAACUAGGCAGUGCUAAAUGCGCCAGCACCUUCAUGGUUAAGAUAUUUGACUCAACCAAAUUCUUCAGUUAGAAGUCCAGACCUGAAUGUCUGGGGUGAAUAUGUAACCCUCUAGAUAUCAUUAGAUUGCAAAGCCUAUUACCUGCAGGUAAUAAUAAGAGAUCAUGGGUGUUCAUUGUAAAUUUUGAUAUUCCCACAAGCCUGUUGAUACCUUCUUCUUGUGCAUGAAUUCUGUUGGAGGCGGCAUGUAGAAAUCAGUCUUCAGAAAAUGCUAUUAAUACAUAAUGUAAGG